CCUUCCUCUUCUGUGAGAGGGGGGAACUCCCGUUGGGAUUAGGAGGCUCUCCUUCCGAGCUGGUGUAGUUGUUCUUCCUGGCGCUGAGAAUUCUGCCUUUGGUCAAAUGGCCAAACUACUCCAACCUCCACAUAAGUUCCUGCCCUCCGAGUGGCACCUCGCUAACAAGAGCCAGUACCACAAAGCAGAGGCUGAAAGGUCCCGGUCCGAACGCCUGGUGGCAGAAAGCGAGAGGCUUGUGGAUGAAAUCGACAAGUCCACGAGAAAAUCUCAAAGCGAUGUGAACAAGAAGCUAGAACAGAGACUUGAGGAAGUCAGAUUCUGGAAGAAGGAGUUAGAUGACAAGCUUGAGCAGCUUGUGUAUGCGACCGAGGAUCUACUUGCAUAUCAGACCAGAUUGCGGAAAGCCCUGGAGAGCUUGAAAGAGCCCUUGCACAUCACUCAGAGGUGCCUGGAGUACAGGGAGCAGCGAGUGGGCAUCGACCUGGUGCAUGAUGAGGUGGAGGAGGAGCUACUAAAGGAGUACGAGAUCAUCCGGGGGGUGAUAGCCCUGCUGACCCGCACCCUGGAGGAGACCACCGAGCAGAUCAGGCUGAACCGCUCUGCAAAGUACUAUCUCGAAAAGGAUUUGAAAGACAAGUUUGUGGCCCUGACCAUUGAUGAUAUCUGCUUCUCCCUCAACAACAACUCGCCAAACAUCCGAUAUUCGGAGAAUGUCGUGAGGGUUGAACCAAACUCUGUGAGUCUGGAAGACUGGCUGGACUUCUCCAACACCAACGUGGAGAAGGCUGACAAGCAGAGGAACAACUCCCUGAUGCUGAAGUCCCUGGUGGACCGAGUCCUGUCCCAGACGGCCAGCGACCUGCGCAGGCAAUGUGACGUGGUGGACACGGCAUUGAAGAACGGGCUGAAGGAGACCAAGGAUGCCAGGGACAAGCUGGCUGUUCAUUUGGCCAAGGUCAUGGAAGAGAUUGCUGCCCAGGAGAAAAACAUCGCAUUUCUUGAAAAAGCCAUCCUGGACCAAGAAGGGCCUGCCAAGGUGGCUCAUACACGCCUGGGGACCAGGACGUGUCGGCCUAAUGUGGAGCUGUGUCGCGAUAUGGCCCAGUACAGGCUGAUCAGGGAGGUUAAUGAGAUCACCCACAACGUGGCGAGAUUAAAGGAGACGUUGGCCCAGGCUCAGAUGGAGCUGAGAGGGCUGAACCGCCGACAGCUCGCCCUGCAGGAGGAGAUCCAGAUCAAAGAGAACACCAUCUACAUCGACGAGGUGCUGUGUGUGCACAUGAGGAAGUCCAUCCCGCUGCGGGAUGGGGAUGACCACGGGGAGUGGGCCGGGGGCCUCCGCCCCGACGCUGUCUGCUAAAAGUACUGAACGUAGGGACCAGAUGCUCAGAUGCUCAUUAAACCUUAUC